UUGACAAAAAAGAAAGAGGAAUGAGAGAAAGGGAACCAGAAGAGAGAGAGAGGCUGUCGGUGAAAGGAGAGAGUGGUACAGAGGAAAAUCGGGGAUUGAACAGGGAGGUCGACGAAGGAAGAUAUUGGCGGAAGUCGAGAGUCUAGGGUAGAGGAGACAGUGCGAGGAGCGUCGCUACAGCCAACAUCCUCAGUCGAAAUCAAGAAUCAGGUAAAGCAAGAGCAAGAGCAAGAUGUACAGGAGACAGGCCACACUACUUUAGGUGUGCAGCAGUAAAUUUUAUUGCUGAAAUUCUACUAUACAUGGAAAUGAUGCAUGCACACUUGAGACAGGGGACAUGUGAAUGAGAAAGCUUGUGAAUAACACCUUGCCUCUCACCUAGGAUACGUGUUACAUAGAAUCUUGGGAACCCAAUUCUCAAUCUUCAGGUCUUAGAUCUGGAAAAUGGACAAGGUUGUGGAGGCAGUGGAGAUGACAAAGAGGGAAUGGGGAGAGACAUACGUGAAGACCGAGGAACACAUAAAAGCAAUCCAAGAUUAUGGGAAAUCAAUAAAUAGAGAGGGAGGAGAGAAGAAUUCACUUCAGAGAUUGAAUGGGCUAGCCCAAGGGCUUGCUCUCCUUAAUUCUUUGGAGUUCAACUUUGCUCUCGCUCCACAGCUCCCUUCCGAUGACAAGAUCUUAAUUCAUAUUUGUUUGAAUUUUAUUUCUUAUCUCUGAUGCCGGUAUAAAUUUGUGCACAGUUUGCGAUUGAAUCUAAGGAAUGCUAAUUUGCAAGCAAAGGCUAACAUGAGGAAAACUGCUCAGGAAGAGAGAGAACUUCUAUUGGGUGGUGGUGGGGAGUCUACAAUUCGCAGGCGUAACUUACAGACUAAGGCUGGAAUUUCAUUAGCUGCAGAAAGUAUAACGGAUAGCCUUCGUCGCACCCGUCAGUUGAUGGUUCAGGAGGUGGAGAGAAGUGCAAGCACACUCAUGACUUUCGAGGAAUCUACUGGAGUUUUGAAGAAGGCAGAAAGUGAAUACAAGGGACACCGCUCAUUGCUGAUGCGAACACGAAAUUUACUUUCCACAAUGCAACGUCAAGACAUUAUUGAUAGGGUGAUUCUCAUAGUGGGAUUUCUCUUGUUCUCCUGUGCUGUUCUGUAUGUUGUUUCCAAGCGUAUUGGGAUAUUGACACUACAGAGGAAGGUUACUGCUGCCCUAAAGGCUGGAAUGGCAAGUAAAGCAGGGAUUGGACAAGGAGCUGCUGAAGGUGGUAGGGAUCCUCGCCGAAUCCCUGAUAACAUAGUUAGGGAAUUGGAGGUUCCUCUGGGACAACCCAUGCAUGAUGAACUUUGAAGCUCUAUUAUCUGUGCAAAAUUAGGGUUUUGUAAGCUUUUCUGUGAGAAACUAGCAAUAGAUAUUUGCGGCUUUUCUCAUCGUUAAUAUGUUUUACAUGUAAAUCAUUCUGGUGAAAUGCAGAUUCUCUUUUCUGAAUA